AUGAAUAAGAACGCCCUGUCUGCUCUGUCCAUGCUCCUGCUGGCGCUAACAUGGGCGGUCGUAGGAAGCUUGGCAGCGCCUUUUGGACUGGAAGACACAUCUGAUGCUGCCUCUGGGCUACGACAAAGGAAAGGUAGCUCGCCUCGUUCGCCUCUGCCUCUGCCUAUCUCGGCGUCUCCCGGGAUGACUAGCUCGGAGCCUAUUUACAUGAAGGAUCUUUCAACGGAAGAGCUGUUCAAAGCGCUGGUGUUAUUCGAAUCUAACCGAAAGAAGCUUGAAGCCGCCUCGAUGGCGCAGGAACGUAUAUUCGGAUCCAGUAUACCCGCUUUCCUCAACCGGCCACCGUUUACCACUCGCGAAUACCUCGUUGGAUUCGACAAAACGCGGCCGCCAGUCUCUUUCCCGGUCGAGGCGGAAGACCUGCACAGGUCGGUGGAAGAACACGCGUUCAAGAAGUACUUCCUUACGUUCCAACACCAUCACAAUGCUAGCCCCUACAAAGGAGGUGAUGUGAAGCUGGUGAAGACUGGAGGUUCGGAGAGCAUGGGGAGUGCAACCACAGGCUGGGCUCAGGAGAUCACAAAGAACCAAGUAGCUAAGGAAGGCCUGAUGGCGAUGAGUAGAACCAGAGAAUGGGCGGACAAGAUUCAAAGUCGGCAUCCGGAGAUGCUUCCAAAGGUUGAAGUCGACGCAGCAUUGACAAAAGGUUGGGGGUUGUGGCAUAACGGGUUGAAAACUGCGAGCGGUUACGCUUACAUUCCUGUUCAGGAGAUCGCUGCUAAGCUUCAUCGUCGUUGA